UGUUGUAUUGAGUGUAGAUUAUUGGUCUCUGGGAAGCCUGGGCAGCAGUGGGGCUGUGAUGGGGCUGCUGACAGAGACUGUUCUGUGGCCUGUGGCCAUAUUCACAGUCAUCUUCAUAUUACUGGUGGACCUGAUGUGCCGGCGCCAGUGUUGGUCUUCUCGCUACCCACGGGGCCCUGUGCCAUGGCCUCUGCUGGGUAACCUGCUCCAGGUGGACCUAGAUAACAUGCCGUACAGCUUGUACAAGCUUCACAAGUGCUAUGGUGACGUGUUCAGCCUGCAGAUGGGCUGGAACCCUGUGGUUGUAAUCAACGGACUGAAGACAAUGCGGGAAGUGCUGGUGACCUAUGGAGAGGACACUGCUGACCGUCCUGAAAUGCCCACCUUUCCACACCUAGGAUAUGGACAAAAAGCUAAAGGUGUGGUCUUUGCACCUUAUGGGCCUGAGUGGAGAGAGCAGAGACGAUUCUGUGUGUCCACCCUGCGCAACUUUGGCCUGGGCAAGAAAUCGCUGGAGCAGUGGGUGACAGAGGAGGCUGGUCACCUGUGUGAUGCCUUCACUGCCCAGGCUGGGAGUCCCUUCAAUCCUUACCCUCUCCUGGACAAAGCCAUGUGCAAUGUGAUUGCAGCCUUCAUUUUUGCCCAUCGAUUUGAGUAUGGAGACCCUGGCAUUAUCAAGAUGCUGGAAGUAUUGAAAGAAAACACAAGGGAGAAAAUUGGCUUGAUCCCUGAGGUUGUGAAGAUAUUCCCAAUUCUCCUGCGCAUCCCAGGGUUGGCUGACAAAGUCUUCCCUGGGCAAAAGACAUUUCGCACUAUGGUAGAAAAGAUGGUGACUGAGCACAAGAGGACCUGGGACCCUGAGCAGCCACCUCGAGAUCUGACUGAUGCCUUUCUGGCUGAGAUGGAGAAGGCAAAGAGGAACCCUGAGAGUAGCCUCAAUGAGGCAACUCUCCCUCUGCUUAUCCUUGACUUGUUUGGAGCUGGGAUUGUGACCACUUCAAUCACUCUGACCUGGGCUCUGCUGCUCAUGAUCCUGCAUCCAGAUGUGCAGCGCCGAGUACAACAGGAAAUUGAUGAGGUCAUAGGGCAGGUGCGGUGUCCAGAGAUGGAAGACCAGGCCCGCAUGCCCUACACCAAUGCUGUCAUCCAUGAGGUGCAGCGCUUUGCAGACAUUGUCCCAGUGAGCUUGCCACACAAGACUUCUCGUGACAUUGAAGUGGAGGGCUUCCUUAUCCCCAAGGGGACGACCCUCAUCCCCAACCUGUCCUCCGUGCUGAAGGAUGAGACUGUCUGGGAGAAGCCCCUCCACUUCCAUCCUGAACACUUCCUGGAUGCCCAGGGCCACUUUGUGAAGCAUGAGGCCUUCAUGCCAUUCUCAGCAGGCCGCCGAGCAUGCCUGGGGGAGCCCCUGGCCCGCAUGGAGCUCUUCCUCUUCUUCACCUGCCUCCUGCAGCGCUUUAGCUUCUCGGUGCCUGCUGGACAUCCCCGGCCCAGUGAUUUUGGCAUCUAUGCAUUUCCAGUUUCUCCAGAGCCAUACCAGCUCUGUGCAGUGGUUCGCUAGUAAGGGACAGUGACUCCAUCCUUCUCCUAGUGUGGACUGACUAAUGUCUAAUAAACAAGUUCUUUGUCUGCAACUGA